CAGACCUGUCCGAGAAGUGAAUUCAUUAUGAGUUACUAUUUGUUUCUCUCUCUGUUGGUAAUUGCCGUUUGCGAGGCGGGUGUAGUAUCAAACGGUGAUUACUCGCACCAUGCGGUUUAUCACGGCUAUGGCGCUACCAGUUAUCAAAACGUGCAGCUUGAUAAUCACGAUGCUAUAGAGUUGCCCGCGAACUAUGGAGAUCCCGCAGAAAUUCAAGAAGCUGAUGUGGAGCACCAUCAUGAGAGAAUCAUUCCAAUUGUGGAAUCAGAAAAUAAUGUAGAUCACAUCGUGUCCGCUCCAUAUGAAGAAUUUGCUGUUGAUGACGUCAAGUCUGACAUACUCGAUCAUGAUCAUUAUCUCGAUCACGACCAUUAUGAAACAUCAUUAUGAUCUUCAUCUAUAAA